AUGAGUGUCAAAACAAUGGUUGGUUUCGCGACGGCGAGUUGCGCCUGCUUCAUUGUCAUGUCUCUGGUUGCAGUUUGCGUCAUAUUUAGCGACAUUAACAAUUUAUAUGACGAUGUUAUGGAUGAAAUUGGCACAUUCAGGAUAGUUGCAGACGAUACUUGGGAAAGGAUAGUAGUACUUCAUUCCCGUUCAGGCAGCGGUGGUCUUCAAUCAUUCUCAAAUCUCAUCAAUCGUUACAAACGGCAAAUUUAUCCACCACAUUGCCAAUGCACAGCUCCUGAGUUGUGUCCUCCUGGUCCACCAGGACUACCCGGGGACAAAGGUGAAAAAGGUCUUGAUGGAAGAGAUGGUGAUGAUGGCAGACCGGGUGUAAGUGGGGUAUCUCUAUUAGCUACAUAUGAUUAUCCUGGUGGUUGCAUCGAAUGCCCUCGAGGAAGACCAGGACCACCAGGACCAGAAGGAUCAGAAGGAGAUUUCGGACGAACUGGACGUCCUGGAAGACCUGGAAGACCAGGAAAGAAUGGACCACGUGGUUUACAAGGACCAAGCGGUGAAAUAGGUGAACAAGGACCAGAAGGAAAACCUGGAAGAACUGGACCACCUGGUAAAGAUGGAAAACGAGGUGUGGGACCUCAAGGACCGAAAGGUAAAAAUGGACCUAGAGGAGAACUUGGCCCAGUGGGACCUGCUGGAGCAAAAGGUACAGAUGGAGAACAAGGCGCACAAGGUCCUGCUGGAAGAGCUGGAAAGGACGGUAGGAAUGGCAAAGAUGGACGUCCUGGACAGGUCAUUUUCUUAUUAAUUUCACCCGUUAAAUUGAGUUUGAAUUUCAAUAAAUACCGUUUCACUGAUGAAACCAUUCACUUACUCAUUUAUUUAUUUUAA